AUGAGCGACGAAGAGCAGCUGUCAGCAGCUUCGGAAAGAAGAAGCCGUUGGCACGUUGCUUUGCUUGCAAACAGCGAGUACCAUGAUCAAAGCAAGAACUUGCCGGGCGUGGUGGACGAUGCAGCGAGACUGGAAUCCUGCGAGUUUUACCAAGCAGCUCAAUCCAGGCGACGAUGGGACAACCUGACUUUCGAGGAAACGAGAGAGGAAUUCCAGCAGUGGUUUGAAGACUGGCAAGAUGGUGAUAUGAUAAUGUUUUUCUUCUUUGGCCAUGGGGCAUACUGUUUUGAAAAGUGCACACAGGGCAUGAAGACUGUCGAUGGUUGGCUCGUGGAUCUCAUGAGUCUUAAGGACUACAUCCAGAGUCUGAGAAACAUCAAGUUUUGUGCCUUUUUUGCCUGCUGCCAAGAUCAACAAAGCGACCCCGAUCACGUGUGUACGUUGUUUCCACUGUCAUUGCGGAAUCCGAGGAUCUUCAAUUGUCGCACACUGUUUCACUUUGCUUGCAGACCUGGGCAAGUCAUGUCCGACGCACCGAUCGCCAGGCGGAAGUGUGUGACCGAGUACACAUCCUGCUUGAUUAAAAUCCUUUGCAACGGCAGGUGCGUGAGCGACAUUCCAACAUAUCUCCAGGAAAAAGUCAGCAAAAAAACCCGCAUGCAUCAGCAGCCUGAAUGCAUAAGCUCCUUCGUGGAUUGUGAAAUCUGGGACGACGGGACACAGAUUGCUUCCAUGAGUUCAUUCUCGGCAUGUGGGUCUGAGGAGUCUUCCAGGGGCACUGUGUCGCCGACAGCUGCUACGCGCGACACCUCAGCAUUGGAAGCAUUUGGCAGCAGUACUGCCUUCACGGAGGUCGAGGGUUUGGCGGAGUUGCUUGAGAAGCUCGAGAGACUGCCUAGAGCCAAGCUGCGUUUCUUGGAGCUCUUGAGCGUACAUGUCGGGUUUCGAACGAGUGAUUGA